ACGCCGAGCCAGAGCCGGACGAGAGCGCCCCUCCAAUAUUCCGUCCCGAUCCACCUCCUCGCUUGGACAUGAUGCAUCUCGCCUCCCGUCUGCACCCACACAGGAUUUGAGGGGCGAUGGCUAUGGCAACGCACGACGCGAUGGACGACGUAAGAGUAGAAGACCUGCUCGCGGCGGCUUUGCAAGACGGCGACGUCGCAAUGGAGGACACGCUUGCGCUCUCCGGGGAUGCGGACAUGGGACUCUACCAGGAACUACCGCGCGAUUUAACGACGAUAGGCGAGUUAGAAAAUAACCCCCAGGACGACGACAUAUUGCAGAAGGACGUAGCGGAGCGAGACUCGGGCCCCAGAGACACCAGCCCUAGCUUAAACGGGUAUCCGAAUAUCCCCCAGGAUGAUGCCGAGGGCGAAGUGAGAUUGGCGGAUUCGCCCUCCGCGAAGUCCCGGCUGUUGCCUAUCCAGGUCAUCCUUACGCCUCCGCCAGACCCGACGGAAUACGAGUGGGUUCCUGGUUUGGCCGUGGACAGGGUCCUGGACGAGGUAGACCUCGAGGACGAGGACGAGGACGAGGAGGCGAUUUACAGCGUCGAAUUCGAGGACGGAAGGGUCGACGAAGUGGCGUAUGAUGAUCUCCUAGAGUUAGAGAAUGGUUCCAAGGCUCUGCAGGUAUUCCAGCAACAGCGAUUUAGCGCUGGCAGGGCAGUUAUGGGCAUGGCACCGAGCAAGCGUCCUCAUCCCGAGGAUGACUAUUAUGAAUCCGAUUCAUCUAGCCGGGGCUACCGUGCCAAACGACGGAAGCCAUCUCCGCGCACCACUCGUAGAAUCACGCGGCGGGUCCCUCGUCCGGCAUCGAUAGGUGAUAGUCACAAGUUUGCCAGCAACGAUGAGGAGGAACUCGAUGAAGGGGUGUGGGAUGACGGCGAGAAGGCCGGGAGAGGGUCCGAAGAGGCCAAGUCGUCGAUCACGGGUAGGCGCCAGUCCGGAUCCGUAGCCCUCUCGACGGGUCGGGCCACCAGGUCAAGGAUUCCAGUCCGGCAACCGCGCCGUGUCGGGGACGAAUCCGAAGAUGAAUUAGCACGGGAUAUUAGGUACGAUCAGGAUGAUGAUGAUGAUGGUGAUGAUGAUGAUGAUGAUGACGACGACGAUGAUGUUAUUCCCAUCAUUCGUUCCGACCUCGCUGGUCCGAUUCGAACUUCGGCGCGUAAGAAGAAAAAAGUCAAGAGCUUCUACGCCUCGGGCAGGUGUUCGGGGAGCGACUCAGAAAUCGAAUUUGAGGCGUCACGAAGGUCGAGACGGUCAAACAGGAACUCAAAGAACAUGGGAGAUCCCGAAAUUGACGAUGAAUACGAAGCCGUGGAAAAUAAAACGCCAUCUGCACCUAAGUAUGCCGCGAUCAAAGAGGCAUUCCAAGAGGUUCCCGGGGAGUCCCCUUUCCGAAGAUUUCAUUCCGAUAUAUGCGAGACGUGUCGAUCAGGCGGCCUCUCUGGCAAAGGUCCCCUCAUUUUCUGCCAGGGCUGCUCGUACUCUUAUCAUAUACAAUGCAUCGGCGUGAGAUCCCAACGCGACCACAGGGUUACCAAGGUUGGUCCGGAUAGCUUUGUGCUGCAGUGCAGAUUUUGUGUCGGAAUCCACCAAAAGAAGGAUAGGCACGCGCCAAAUCGUUCGAUGUGCCAAACCUGCAAGGCCAUCGGCGCGUCGUGUGCCGAAUUUUCCGCCAGGAAAACCCCCAAGCAAGAAGAGAAGGCGAGGAUUGAGAACGGCGGAGAAGACCCCAUCGUGAAGAUCCGGCCCGCUUUGCUCAACAACGCCGAGAGCCUCCUCUUCCGUUGUUUGACCUGCAGGCGUGGCUACCACUUUGAACAUCUGCCUCCGCUGGAUUCGCACGAGCCUAGCGAGGCAGAGGUCAGAGAAGACCGUUUGGGAGAAUAUUCGCUCGCCAGCUGGAAAUGUAAAGAUUGUCAAAGGUCCGAUUAUGAAAUCCGUGCGAUACUUGCGUGGAGACCCGUCAACCGGGACGAAUACGAGGGCCAGCACAGCAGCGAAUUUGGCGAAGACGAGAUAGAAUACCUCGUGCAAUGGAAGGGACGCUCGCACUUUCACGACACUUGGAGGCCCGGAGCCUGGAUUUACGGCAUAGCUGCGCCUACCUCGCGCAUCGCAUUUCACAAACGCGAAGGCAACGAGUUUCCUAAGAUGGAUAAGCAGUCAGCGAUCGAGGAGGAAUGGCUGCUGGCCGACGUCCUCCUGAGCGUGAAAUACCGACGCGGUUCUACUGCUUCGUCCAAGGCGCAAGACCUGGCGCGCAUUUCCGACGUCACAUCAGCCUUCAUCAAAUUCCAGGGGCUUAGUUACGAGGAAGUGGUCUGGGAUGAACCGCCGCCUCGUGGUUCGGGAGGCCCCUGGGACGCCUUCAAGGCCGCCUACGAAGAAUAUAUCAACGGCAGAUACUUCCCCGCGACAAGGGACCAGAAGAUGAGGGAGCGGAUAAGACAAUACCGGUCUCUAGACUUCCAAGAGGAAUGCGAGCUGAAAAGCCAACCUCCGGGCCUCAAGGAAGGACGAUCCUUGAUGGAAUAUCAGAUGGAGGGCGUCAAUUGGCUCCUCUAUAACUUCCACCAGCAGCAGAACGUAAUACUUGCCGACGAGAUGGGGCUAGGGAAGACCAUUCAGAUCAUCUCCUUCAUCAGCGCUCUCGUUCAGAAUCAGCCGAGAUGCUGGCCGUUCCUCAUUGUCGUCCCCAAUGCGACAUGUCCCAAUUGGCGCCGCGAGCUAAAGGAUUGGGCUCCGGCACUCCGCGUGGUUACAUACCACGGCGGCAGAAUCUCCCAGGAUCUCGCUUAUAGGCACGAGCUCUUCCCGGACGGGGUCAAGGACGGGAUGAAAGCGCAUGUCGUGAUCAUGUCCUUCGAGGCAGCGAGCACGAUCCGGACCGCCUUCCAGUACGUCAGGUGGGCCGGCUUGGUGGUCGAUGAGGGCCAAAGGCUCAAGAACGAGGAAACCCAACUUUAUAAGACGCUGCUGGACAUGAAAAUUGCGUUCAGGAUCCUGCUGACGGGCACUCCCUUACAAAACAACAAACGGGAGCUCUUCAAUCUACUCCAGUUUAUCGACUCCCGGAACAAUGCCGAGGCGCUGGAUGCCAAGUAUGCCGACUUGACGAAAGAAAACCUCCCAGAGCUUCACAGUCUCAUCCGCCCUUAUUUCCUGCGACGAACUAAGGUUCAAGUUCUCAAGUUCCUGCCGCCCAUGGCGCAGAUUAUCGUCCCCGUCACGAUGACAGUCCUGCAAGAGAGGCUGUGCAAAUCUAUCAUGGCUCGAAACCCGGAGCUGAUCAAAGCAAUCAUAUCCAAAGGAAAGCUCAAGGCCGGAGACCGAAAGAGUCUGUCGAACAUCUUGGCGGAUCUCCGCCAAUGCCUCUGCCAUCCCUUCUGUUUCAACGGCGACGUCGAGGACAAGAAUGUAGACGAGGAGCAAAUGCGGCGGAACCUGAUCGCGGCGUCACCGAAACUCAUGCUGCUGGAGAUCAUGCUUCCCAAGCUCAAAGCAGGGGGCCACCGCGUUCUAAUCUUCAGCCAGUUCCUACGUUGCCUCGACAUCAUCGAAGACUUUCUCAGCGUGCUAGGCCUACGGUACGGGCGAAUCGAUGGGGGCAUGAACGCUCUCAAGAAACAGAAGCAAAUCGACGCGUUCAACGCGCCCGAUUCGCCGCUAUUCGCAAUGCUCCUGUCCACCCGCUCGGGUGGUGUCGGCAUCAACCUCGCCACAGCGGAUACCGUCAUAAUCUACGACCCGGAUUGGAACCCCCAUCAAGACAUACAGGCUAUAUCACGAGCCCACCGGAUCGGUCAGAAAGAGAAGGUACUCUGCUUCCAGCUCGUGACCAAAAACACGGUGGAAGAACAGAUUAUGCAGAUAGGGAAGAGGAAGAUGGCCCUCGACCAUGCCCUCAUCGAAAGCCUAGAUGCCGAUAGCGAUGCGAACGAGGAUCUAGAGUCUAUCCUGAGAAAGGGAGCAGAGGAACUUUUCAGCGACGGGAAGGAUAAGGAUAAGAUCACGUAUGAUGCGGCAUCGGUCAGUAGGCUACUUGACAGGAGUCAACUCGAAAAGACGGACGCCGGCCACGAUCAAAGUGCUGAAACCCAGUUCUCGUACGCCCGUGUCUGGGCUAACGAUUCAGGCACCCUGACCGACGCCGUCGACAAUACUGCCGGCGAUGGCGUACCGACGACGGAUGCAAGCGUUUGGGAAAACAUUCUCAGACUACGGCAGGAGGAGCACGAACGGGAGCUUGCUAUCAAGCAACAAUCCUACGGACGCGGUGCUAGGCGACGGGGAACCCAGGCUAUCGACUACAAGACGAACAACCAACGCCAAGAACCGGAUAGCGGCGGUUCUGACGUUGACGUCGAGGACGAGCUAUACAUUGACAACGGCCCCGACGACGAAGAGGACGAAGAAGACGAAGAGGACGGAGUGUACGACGAAAACGAUGCCAUGGCGGGUGCAAUAAAAGCCAAGCCCGUCAAAGCACCGGCAAAAACACCUCAGAGCCAAGGCUUCGAGCCGGCAAAGCAGCCACAGACCGAGGUACCCAAGCCCCAAAGCACCGUUCAGACGGAACACGGGCCAGCAAGAGUCCACCAGAUAGCACCACGAACCCCGGCGCCGCUGCUGCUGUGGCCGUCGGCCCCGGUGCCGCCGCAAAAUUACAUCAAUCCGAUGGUGCCUCUCAACCAGGUCACGAGUCCCAACUUCGUGAUCUCGAUACCUAGUUUACGACAGCACCCCCCCGUGGGUGGUCCUCAAUUGGCCCCUUACCCACCACGUAUCCCUACUACACCUUCGACAUCACAGAGGCCAACUUCAGUGCCCACGCCUACAAUGAGUGGAGCAAAAGUGAACCAGAAUUCUAACUCUACACCUUUAGCAUCACAGAGACCAACUGUCGUGCCCACACCUACAACACACGGGGGACAAGUGAACCAGAAUUCCAACUCUACCCCCGCGAACUCCGGCGCCGUAAGUUGCUUAGUAUGUCAGACCAGCCACCCACCGAACUCCAUCUGCCGUGGUUACCCUACCGAAAUCUCACUACGUCUCUACAUCGACUCCCUGAGAACAUCCGGAAACUCGUACCAUACCCAGCCACUGAGGAAUUUUCUAAUGCAGCGAUUACGAGAUAUCUCCAACAAGUAAUAUGCUCUGCCAUAGCACCUCGCGUGGCUUGAUGUGCCAAGAGGCAUAAGAGAUGUUGAGCAGGCUGCUUCUUUUCCCAGACACCUACAUUUUACUAAUUGGCAUGUAUGUAGAGGUGGAGAGAGACAAGAGGAGAGAGAAGAGAGGGAGGGGGGGGGGCAGGAGAGAAGGAAUG